AUGCCGCUCGCGACUCGCCACUGCAAGGGUGCUCCUCGUAACCACAGCAAGACAUACAAGGUCCCCCGCCGUCCCUUCGGUGCUCCUCGUCUUGAUGCCGAGCUGAAGCUCGCCGGUGAGUACGGUCUUAAGAACAAGAGGGAGAUUUGGCGCAUUGCCCUGACCCUGUCGAAGAUUCGUCGUGCCGCCCGUGAGCUGCUGAAGCUCGACGAGAAGGACCCCAAGCGUCUCUUCGAGGGUAACGCUAUUAUCCGCCGUCUUAUUCGCAUUGGUGUGCUCGACGAGUCGCGCAUGAAGCUCGAUUACGUGCUGGCGCUCCAGAUCGAGGACUUCUUGGAGCGUCGCCUUCAGACCCAGGUGUACAAGAGCGGUCUUGCUCGCAGCAUUCAUCAUGCCCGUGUGCUUAUCAACCAGCGCCACAUCCGCGUUGGUAAGCAGAUCGUCACCUCGCCCUCGUUUAUUGUCCGUCUCGAGUCGCAGAAGCACAUUGAUUUUGCGUUGAACUCGCCCUACGCUGGUGGUCGCCCUGGUCGUGUUAAGCGCAAGCGCGCUGCUGCGCAGAGCGGCGGUGACGGCGAGGAGGCCGGCGAGGAGGAGGAGGAGGAGUAA